AUGAAAAGCGACUCGCCCAAGAGUCUCGAGGCCGGGGAUCGUCCCGGGUCCCCGUGUGACGACCCAAAAGCCAUGCAGGGAGAGAUCAUAAGUCAUAAUUCAAAGACCCAGCGAGGUUUGAGCUCGCGCCAUGUUCAAUUCUUGGCUCUGGGUGGUUGUAUCGGUACUGGUCUUUUUGUCGGCAGUGGCGCAUCGCUCUCGACGGUUGGACCUGCUCCUUUGCUCAUGGGUUAUAUUGUCAUGUCAAGCAUUGUUUACUUUGUCAUGAACAUGCUUGGUGAAAUGACCACCUAUCUCCCCGUCCAGGGUGUGUCUACGCCUUAUUUGAUCACUCGGUUUACGGAGCCCAGUCUUGGAUUCGCUAUUGUUGUCCUCCUUCUAAACAUUGUCGCGGUCUCUUGGUAUGGCGAAGCUGAAUUCUGGUUCGCAUCACUCAAGAUCAUUGCGAUCCUCGGUCUGAUCAUCUUGGGUGUCAUUCUUUUCUUCGGGGGAGGUCCUAACCAUGACCGUCUCGGCUUCCGAUACUGGAAAUCGCCAGGCGCAUUUGUGGAGCCCUACUUGGUUCCAAACAUAAACACAGGCCGUUUUCUAGCCUUCUGGACCGCUAUGAUCAAGUGCGGAUUCUCCUUUAUCUUCUCUCCAGAGCUGAUCACUGCUGCUGCCGGUGAAGCUGAGUCGCCACGCCGCAACAUUCCCAAGGCGUCAAAGCGGUUUAUCUAUCGUCUGUUCGCAUUUUAUGUCUUGGGUAGCUUGGUCAUUGGUGUGACGGUCGCAUACAACGACAAGAACCUCCUGCAGGGUGUUGCGAGCGGUAGUUCUGGUGCUGGCGCCAGUCCAUUCGUUGUCGGCAUCCAAAAUGCUGGUAUUGCUGGAUUGAACCACGUUAUCAAUGCUGCUAUUCUCACCUCUGCCUUCUCCUCGGGCAACUCAUGGCUCUUUGCUGGGUCUCGCACACUUUACUCGCUCGCCGGUGAAGGCCAGGCUCCAGCAUUUUUCCUUCGCUGCAACAAAAACGGUGUCCCUUACAAUGCUGUCCUGGUAACUUGGGCAAUUGGUCUACUCUCAUUCUUGAAUCUGUCUAACUCGGGUUCAACUGUGUUUUAUUGGUUUACCAACAUUACAACAAUCGGUGGCUUCCUCGCUUGGGUCAUCGUGGCAGUGGCAUACCUGCGUUUUCGCAGCGCUUUGGACUUCCACGGGUUACUCAAGUCGCGGCCCUUCAUUACCCCCUUCCAGCCUUAUGGUGCUUACUAUGUUAUGGUCUUUGUAUCACUACUGGCUAUAACCAACGGCUACACGAUAUUCUUCCCAGGAAAAUUUACCGCAUCUGAUUUUCUGGUUUCCUACAUUGUCUUCGUGAUCUUCUUCGUGCUGUACCUCGGUCACAAGUUCCAUUACAAGACGCCAUGGAUGGUCAAGGUGUCGGAGCUUGACAUUUUCAGCGGUAAAGAUGAGAUUGACAGACUUGAAGAAGAGGAGAUCAAGCCGCAGCCACGCAACUGGCUUGAGCGAGUAUGGUGGUGGAUUGCAUAG